UCACCACCAUGCCUUGCACUCUGCUGAACCUCUGUGAAUAUGACACGCAAAAACUCGUCAAAAUCAAGAACGUCAGACUCGGGUCGCUGAAAUGGACGUUAAACGGAGUUAUCUUGAUGUUCAUUUGCAUCAUGAUGUUAUGGAAUAAAGAAUAUCAAAAGUACGAUCCUGUCCAGAGUUCUGUUACCACAAAGGUUAAGGGAGUUGCAAAUAUAACUAUACCAGACAUUGGAGAAGUUGUGUGGGAUGUGGUGGACUACAGUGGACCAUAUCAGGGAAGAAACUCCUUUUUUGUGGCAACAAAUGUCAUUGUAACAAACCAAAAACAAGGUAAAUGCCCCGAGGUUCUGCCACAUGGGAAACAGUGUCAAACAGAUAAAGACUGUGAGGAAGGUCUUUCUAAUCAACUUAACCAUGGUGUUCAAACAGGUGCCUGUGUGAAGUUAGAUAUACAAAAGAAAACAUGUGAAGUUACAGCUUGGUGCCCCAUUGAGAACAAGAGGAAUCCCAGGCCUGCUAUUUUGGCAUCUGCAGAAAAUUUCACUGUGAUGAUCAAGAAUAACAUCAGAUUUCCAGCAUUUAAUUAUAUAAGAAGAAACAUCCUGCCUGAAAUGAAAGAAACGGACCUUAAAGGUUGCAUUUAUAAUCGCUACAAAAAUCCAUACUGCCCCAUUUUCCGUUUGGGAGACAUCGUGAGUGAGGCCAAGGAGAAAUUUUCAGAGAUAGCAGUGGAGGGUGGUGUGAUCGGGAUCCAGAUCAACUGGGACUGUGACCUGAACCACAUCUUUCACAGCUGUCUGCCCAAAUACUCAUUCCGCCGCUUGGACGAAAAAGAAAGCAACCGAACCUUGUAUCCUGGGCUCAAUUUCAGGUUUGCAAGAUACUCUAUUGUGAAUGGUGAGCAGCAGCGAACGCUCUUUAAAAUGUAUGGGAUUAGGUUUGAUGUGAUGGUGUUUGGGAAGGCUGGAAAGUUCAGCAUCAUUCAGCUAAUCAUCUACAUUGGAUCUACGCUCUCAUAUUAUGCUCUUACAACAAUGUUCCUGGACUGGCUUAUUGGGACCGGCUGUUACUCCAAAGAGGCAAAACAGAACUACACUGAGAGGAAGUUUGAGGUCAUUCAGGACCAAGAAGAGUGCUUCCUUUGUGUGUCAUUUGUGGAUGAGGAUCAAUUAAGGGUGGUGAAAAAAUCUGAUGGGAAAUACAAUGGUCUUAGACUCUAUCAGGCCGUACCGUCUCAGACAGACUUCAAUAGAUAAGACUUUAUUCAGUUUAUGAUUGACCAUUCAAUCUCAAUGCCAAUGCCAAAAUGGGAAUGAUAUAAAUCACAAUCAAUAAUACAGAAUAUGAGGAGGGAUUUUUACAAUUUUAACC